CCAGUAGUUAUCGUUAUCAUUCUUAUACUGGCUGCGAUUUGUUGUGCAGUAUUAUGGCGUAGGAGGAGCCAACGGAGGAGUCAAGGAGAAGGCGACCCGGAAUCCAUGCAACUACAAGUAAAAGUUAAGCCUGACAGCAACGGUUUCUACAAACAGACGAUGAAGCAAGCUUACCCUUCUCAGGAGCAGCUGGACCCAGAAAAGAAUUACAAAAUGGACGAUAAAGAAAAGGGUCUCAUGUUCCUUUUUAACAUGACUAAAGACAGGAAGGGAUCAGAUGUCGACGUUCGAAAUAUUCAACACGUGUUCACGGAAAUAGGAUAUGAGAUCGAAACCCAUUCGGAUUUGACAGCUGAGGACCUUCAAGACAAGCUAGAGACGUUCGCGGGUUAUGUUCGCCAUCACUACAUGCCCUCUGCAGUGUUCGUGAUCAUGGGAAACGGCUCCUCGACAGGCAUUCAUUGCACUGAUGAACCG